AUGCGUUUCCUCUUCUCCACUCCCCAGGAUACCGACCCCACUCCCACUAUGGACGAAAAGCCCCAGCCGCUGGUCAGCAAGAAUGGCAAGAUCCUCGUCGUCGGGGGCGGCGGUACUCUAGGCUCUUCUACCGCUCUACAUCUCGCGAGACGUGGCUAUACCGACGUACGAGUGCUCGACGUUUAUCAGACACCUUCAGCCUAUUCAGCAGGUAACGAUCUCAACAAGACUGCCGGAGCUGGACGGUCCGGAGUAUGGGGCCAAGUCGGCCAAGCUGCAUGGAAAGCAUGGACCACCGACCCUCUCUUUGAACCCCACUGUCAUCCUACAGGCAUCGCCGACGUAUGCAGCGGCAAGGAUCCCAGAGCAGCAGAUCUCAAAGCCAAAUAUGACAGUCUUGUUGCGUCCGGUCGCGCCGGCGACUAUGCCUGGCUCGAUAACGAAGACGACAUUAUCAGAGUCGCUCCCCACCUCAAAGGUGCCCACAUCCAAGGCUGGAAAGGUCUCUGGGGCACCCAAAUGGCCUGGGUAGCAGCCAGCGACGUCCUAAACGCCGUCGGCCUCGCCGCCCAACAUCUCGGUGUCAAAACCACCUUUGGCACCUCGGGCACAUUCAAAGAACCGCUCUUGUCUGCGGAUGGGAAGAGGUGUGUGGGGGUGAGGGCGGUGGAUGGGACGGAGUGGGAUGCGGAUUUGGUGGUGUUUGCGGCGGGAGCUUGGUCGCCGGUGUUGCUUGAUCUGGAGGGACAGUGCGUGAGCAAAUGCUGGGUCUACGCCCAUAUCCAACUCACCCCCGAAGAAACACUCAAAAUGCGCAACAUCAGCACCAUGUACCACCACAAACUCGGCUUCUUCAUCGAACCAUCCCCCACCGGCCUGCUCAAACUCUGCAACGAGUUCCCCGGGUACACAAACCUCACCCCCUCUACCCCUUACCCCCUCACCACGCCCACACUUCUCUCCUCUCCGCGCGCCCACGCGGACCAUCCGACGGAUACGAUCCCCACUGAAUCCUUGCUCGCCAUCGAGAAACUCAUCAAAGUCUGCCUCCCGUGGCUUGAGGGAAGAGAGCUGGUGAAGCAAGGGAUGUGUUGGUGUACGGAUACGGAAGAUGGGAACUGGUUGUUGUGUGAGGACCCGAGAUGGGAGGGGUUGGUGUUGAUGACCGGGGAUUCGGGGCAUAGUUUUAAUACGUUGCCGCAGGCGGGGAAUGAAGUUGUGGAUCUUAUUGAGGGGACUUUGUCGGAAGAAAAGAGGAGCGCAUGGAAGUGGAGACCAGGAAGGGGCGAUCCGGAUGGUACAGGUAGAGCAGGCGGUCCGCCCAAGGAUUUGAAUGAUCUGCCGGGGUGGAAGCAUGGUGAUGAGUGA